AUGAUGUACCAGCUUGAACAUAGUCGACCUUUUACACCAAAACGAUACUUUUCUAUUGAUCGUGUCUUCCGAAAUGAAUCUCUAGUUCGAACCCAUCUUGCAGAGUUCUAUCAGAUUGAAGGUUUGGUAUGCGAUCGAGGGCUCACUCUUGAUGAUUUGAUGGGAGUCUUGCGCGACUUCUUCAAAAGGCUAGGUAUGAAGAACAUUAGUUUCAAACCCACUUACAAUUCCUAUACUGAACCCAGUAUGGAAAUUCAUAGCUAUCAUGAAGGCUUAAAGAAAUGGGUAGAGGUUGGAAAUUCUAGCAUGAUCAUACCGGAGAUGUUGUAUUCGAUGGGACUCCAUGAGGAUGUUGCAUGCAUUGCUUGGGGCCUCUCCCUAGAGAGACCGACCAUGAUAUUGUACGGAAUUGAUGACAUCUGUGAUCUCCUUGGACCCAAGGUAGAUCUCUCGCUUAUCAAGGGAAAUCCUAUUUGUCGCAUAGGAAUCAACUACUAG